GCGCCGCACUCGGCUCUCCAGAGAGUUGCCAGCACCUCCCGCGAGGAGUUCGGAGCCGCCCCACAGCAGAGCCCACGGCCCGUAGAGCCCACGGCCCGCUGCGCGCGAGCGACGCAGGUGUCGGAGCCCCCGCGCCGCCGCCAUCUCUGUCUUCCCUGUGGGUUGAACCCCGGCAACGAGGUCUACUUCUCUGAAGUAAGAUGACUUGUCAAAAAUUCUGUGUGGCUUUGUUACAUUGGGAAUUUAUUUAUUUGACAACUGCACUUAACUUGGCAUAUCCAAUUACUCCCUGGAGAUUUAAGCUGUCUUGCAUGCCACCAAAUACAACUUACGACUUCCUCUUGCCAACUGGAAUCUCCAAGAACACUUCCAAUCUGAAUGAACAUUAUGAGGCAGUUGUCAAAGCUAAAUUGAAUUUGAGUACUACCUACUUUUAUAACUUAUCUUCCAAAACAACUUUCUACUGUUGCUUUUGGAGCAAGGAAGAUAAAAACUGUUCUGUACAUGCAGACAACAUUGAUGGGAAGGACUUUGUUUCAACAGUGAAUUCUUUAGUUUUUCAACAAAUAGGUGCAAACUGGAACAUACAGUGCUGGAUGAAAGAGGACUUGAAAUUAUUCAUCUGUUAUAUGGAGUCAUUAUUUAAGAAUCCUUUCAAGACUUAUGACCUUAAGGUCCAUCUUUUAUAUGUUCUGCCUGAAGUGUUAGAAGAGUCACCUCCGGUCCCCCAGAAAAGCAGUUUUCAGAUCGUCCAGUGCAACUGCAGUGUUCACGACAGCUGUGAAUGCCACGUGCCUGUGCCCACAGCCAAACUCAACCACACUCUCCUUCUGUAUCUGAAAAUCAAGUCUGGUGGAAUAAACUUCCAGUCACCUCUAAUGUCAGUUCAGCCCAUAAAUGUUGUGAAGCCUGAUCCCCCAUUAGAUUUACAUAUGGAAAUCACAGAUGCUGGCCACUUGAAGAUUUCUUGGUCCAGCCCAUCAUUGGUGCCAUUUCAACUUCAAUAUCAAGUGAAAUAUUCAGAGAAUUCUUCAAUAAACACGAGAAAAGCUGAUGAGAUUGUCUCAACUACAUCUCUGCUGAUAGACAGUGUGCUCCCUGGGUCUUCAUACGAGGUUCAAGUGAGGGGCAAGAGACUGGAUGGCCCAGGAAUCUGGGGUGACUGGAGCACCCCUCUUAUCUUUACCACACAAGAUGUCAUAUACUUUCCGCCUAAAAUUCUGACAAGUGUUGGGUCUAACGUUUCUUUUCACUGCAUUUAUAAAAGUGAAAACAAGAUUGUUUCCUCAAAAAAGAUUGUUUGGUGGCUGAAUUUGGCGGAGAAAAUUCCUCCGAGGCAGUAUGCCGUGGUGGGUGACCGCGUUAGCAAAGUCACGUUUCCACAUUUGAAUGCAACCAAGCCUCGUGGGAAGUUCACCUACGAUGCCGUGUACUGCUGCAACCAGCAGGAAUGCCACCAUCGCUAUGCAGAACUAUACGUGAUUGAUGUCAAUAUCAAUAUAUCAUGUGAAACUGAUGGGUACUUAACUAAAAUGACUUGCAGAUGGUCAGCCAAUGCAAUCCAAUCACUCAUGGGAAGUACUUUGCAGUUGAGGUAUCACAGGAGCAGCCUUUACUGUUCUGAUGUUCCAUCUAUUCAUCCCAUAUCUGAACCCAAAGAUUGCCAUUUGCAGAGAGAUGGUUUUUAUGAAUGCAUAUUUCAGCCAAUCUUUCUCUUAUCCGGCUAUACAAUGUGGAUUAAAAUCAAUCACUCUUUGGGUUCACUUGACUCUCCACCAACGUGUGUCGUUCCUGAUUCCGUGGUGAAACCACUGCCUCCAUCCAGUGUGAAAGCAGAAAUUACUGUAGAAAUUGGGUUAUUGAAAAUAUCUUGGGAAAAGCCAGUCUUCCCAGAGAAUAAUCUUAAGUUCCAGAUUCGCUACGGCUUAAAUGGAAAAGAAGUACAGUGGAAGAUGUACGAGGUGUACGAGGCAAAAUCAAAGUCGGCCAGUGUCCUGGUGCCAGACCUGUGUGCCGUCUAUGCGGUUCAGGUGCGCUGCCGGAGGCUGGACGGGCUGGGCUACUGGAGUAACUGGAGCAGUCCCGCCUACACCGUUGUCAUGGAUAUAAAAGUUCCUACCAGAGGACCUGAAUUUUGGAGAAUCAUAAAUGAAGACACCACUAAAAAGGAGAGGAAUGUUACUUUACUCUGGAAGCCUCUGAUGAAAAAUGACUCAUUGUGCAGUGUGAGAAAAUAUGUAGUAAAACAUCAUACUUCCCGCAAUGGAACAUGGUCAGAAGAUGUGGGAAAUCACACUAAAUCCACUUUCCUGUGGACAGAACAAGCACAUUCUGUUACGGUUCUGGCUAUCAAUUCAAUUGGUGCUUCUUUUGUGAAUUUUAAUUUAACCUUAUCAUGGCUUAUGAGCAAAGUAAAUUCCGUUCAGUCGCUCAGUGCUUAUCCUUUAAACAGCAGUUGUGUGCUUCUGUCCUGGAUGCUAUUACCUAGUGACUACUCUCUGAUGUAUUUUGUUACUGAGUGGAAAAUUCUUAAUGAAGACAGUGAAGUUAAAUGGCUUAGGAUCCCUCCAUCAGUUAAGAAGUAUUAUAUCCAUGAUCAUUUUAUCCCCAUUGAGAAAUACCAAUUUAGUCUUUACCCAGUAUUUAUGGAAGGAGUAGGGAAACCGAAGAUAAUUAAUAGUUUCCCCCAAGAUGAUAUUGAAAAACACCAGCAUGAUGCAGGUCUAUAUGUAAUUGUGCCAAUAAUUAUUUCCUCUUCAAUCUUACUGCUUGGAACACUGUUAAUAUCACACCAAAGAAUGAAAAAGCUGUUUUGGGAAGAUGUUCCAAACCCCAAGAACUGUUCCUGGGCACAAGGACUUAAUUUUCAGAAGGUCCCUUUUUCAAUUUUUUUAACCCAAAAUAUAGAACGGACAUUCUUUGAAGUCUAAUCAUGAUCACUACAGAUGAAUCCAAUGUACCACCUUCCCAACAUUCUGUAGAGUAUUAGAAGAUUUUUACAUUUUGAAGAAGGGGAGACAAAUCUAAAAAAUAUUUGGUUGAACUAUUGAGAACUAAAGUAUGGUGGAUGAUGUUGAUAUAGAACUUUAAAUAGAAGGGUAAAUUCGGGGUCAAGAGAUAGGUCUGAGUCCAAUUCAGUUUGAAUGUAUGAUUACUUUUUGGGUCACCUAAAGUUUAAAAAGUAAUAUUCAUGGUAUCUGGCUUUUGAUUUAUCAUUUGUGUGGUCAUAAAACAUUAAAAGCUAUGACUGUUCUAACCACAUAUCUAUUCAAUAUCACUAGGCAGGUAGUAAACAAUGCCGUAACUAGGUGAAAACUGUAGCUUCUGACACAUAACUUUGCAAACACAAUGAAUCUAAUUACAAGAUAAAGUGAAACUAUCUAGUUUAUAUUUUUAUGUCCCAAAUUUUCCAUUUUGUAUUCUUUCAUAGACACCUGAGCUUAUAAAUGGACCCAUGUGUGUGUUCUUUCAACUGUCUUGUAGUUUUUAUGUCUGUCUAAUUUGGGUCAAUCUGGAAAUUCCCAUCUUCAGUAGUCUUGCAAAUGACUUAGGCACUAACUUUGAUUUCAGUUCAGGGAAAGCCAGAAGUUAGGGUGUGUGCUGGUCAGAGGCCAGUGGAAGUUACAGUUCAUAUCAGGAUGACCUGACAUAUCCAGGUCAGACUGACCAGAUGAGAAAACACAUCAGUCUCCAAUUCAGCCUCUUCAUGGAAUUCUUGCCUACAUUCAAUUUAUUUACACCAAACCACCCAAAGCUUCUGGCAGGCAGAGAGGCAGGUACACAGUGAUGCAAAAAGGGAGUUUUUACAAAUAGUCCAUGGCAAAGACAGGACUCUUCUUCCUGAAAAAAUGCCCUUGUUAUUUCUAUGAUAUCAGCAUACUAAGUGUGUUAUGUUGCUCACAUUCAAAAUAAACCAAACCUUCUGAUUGAUAAACCUAAAUAAUAUUCAAAUUUAGGAAAUAUAUUGAUCCCUUACAUUUAGAUUUCAUUCAUAGUUUUAUUUGGCUUUGAAAACAACACUAAAAAUAUGGAAGAAUGGGUCCUUUUCCCCCCUUCAUUGACUUUUAAUUGAUAUCACUAGAACAUAAAAUCUAAGUGUGAGAUUAUGAAAGAUAUUCUUUCAUUCCUACCAGCUGACUACAUAUUUAAUAUGUUCUCAGACCAUUCUAAACUCUUGAAAAAUUAGAUGCAUAUAAUGAUUGAAAUAAUUUUUUAAUGAACAUAGUUUUAAUACAGGUUUAUGACCUAUUGAUAAAAUAUACAUCAAUAAUAUAUGAGUAUGUGACUUCUUAUUAAUUAUUAGUGAAAUCUUCCAUCUGAAUGCAUUUGAAGACACGGACAUUAUCCAGUAUCAGUAGUUAGUUACUGAUUAGAAAGUUUUAGAGAGCAUGUAGUAUGCCAAAAACAUCAUCUGAGGAGCAUAUGUGAGUUUGUGUGCUAUUAGCUAUUGGUAUGUAUUUUUUCUUUUCAUAUUGACAGCAUGUAGUGCCUUUAUUUGGUGAUCUUAAUUUCUAGGUUCAUUUGAAUUUUAAGUAAUUCAAGACAUAUAUAGUAGUAAGUUUAAGAAAAAGCAAAAUGAGCAAGUAAAUAUUUGAAGGAAAUCAUAAAUCUAAUGAUAGAUUUAUAUCAGAAAGAGGAAAGGCAUGGGAAGUUUUCAUACAUUAUGUUCAUAGAAUAACAGAAGAGGUUGUGUUAAUAUGGUGUCUGUCAUUAUGCAGUAUUUUAAUAUCUAUAAAGUCUAUUCCAUUUUUAUUAUAUUUAGUGUUUGGUAUAUUUAUUCCUUUAUAGUUAUAAUCACCAAUAUGUUUCCUUUAAGAGUUUAAAACUAUGCUAAUGAAUUAUGCUUUUAUAUGGAAUAUAUUUGCCAUUAUGAAGAACAGUUGGGGAAAUUGUUAUUUCAGGCAAUAAAUUUGAAUUCAUUCUAGUGGUUUAAAAAUUGUAAAAUUCAGAAGUUCAACCAUAUGUAUAUGUCUUAUGAAUUGAACCCCAUUUUCAGUAGCUCUUCAUUUAGUUGCAUUAAUUUUUCAGUCUGAUGUGUCCAUGGUAUUCCUUAUUUUGCAUUUAUUUUUUCAAUAUGUUUACAUUGUAUGAGUUGAGCUUUUUAUACACAGAUUCUUUAUUUGUGGCUGCGUAGCAGGAUUUUUUGUUGUGAUGUAACCAGCAUUCUUAUAAAAGAAACGAUGUGCA